CAGAAAUCCGACUGUGUUUGUGUGAGCCGCCGUUGACGGAAUUUAUCCGUUUGUUCUUCAGGAAGAUUCAUUCCACCAGAACAUGUUGCUUCCUCUCUGCAAUUCCAAUCACCAGUUCCCGUCUCUCUCCUCCCAAACCCUUAUCAAACCCUCGCUGCAAAUUCAAUGCCGUCGCCGUUCAGUAGUUCAAUUCAAAUCUCUCCGUCGGCCAACGUCGAUUUCCGCCGCGGCACUCGCAGCCGACACUCGAGUUCUUCCCCAAUCCGAAAUUCGUCGAAUAGCAGAGAAGCUUCGUAGCCUUGGGUAUGCAGAGAAAAGCGGCGGCAACCGCCCCGAAUCGGACGAAAGUGCAGCCACCGGCCGGAAUUCCCCCGGAGAAAUAUUUGUUCCGCUGCGGACCCGUUUACCGAUCAAACGGGUCGGGCAUACUCUGGACCCGAGCUGGAGCACGCCGGGUAACCCGGUUCCUGAACCCGGGGCGGGGAACGCGAUGCAGAGGUUUCACGAGUUAAGGCGCGGGGUUUUGGCGGAGGAGAAAGAGAGAGAGAAAGAGAGAAUCAAAAAACGUCGCGAGGGAAAGUUGGAGAAGGUGCCGACAUUGGCGGAGCUUACGUUGCCGAAGGAGGAACUGGCGAGGCUCACUACGAUCGGCAUUGGGCUGAGGAAGAAGUUGAAGGUGGGGAAAGCUGGGAUCACAGAGGGGAUUGUGAAUGGGAUUCACGAACGAUGGAGGCGCUCUGAGCUGGUGAAAAUCACUUGCGAGGAUAUAUGCAGGCUGAACAUGAAGAGGACUCAUCAGUUAUUGGAGAGAAAAACAGGAGGCCUAGUUGUUUGGAGAUCUGGAAGUAACAUAAUAUUGUACCGAGGGUCUAAUUACAAAUAUCCAUACUUUAUAACUGAUAGUUUAGAAGAUGAAACAUCUUCUGAGGAAUCUCCUGAUAUGGACAACAGUCAAACAACACUGAGUCAAGCACCAUUGUCGGCAACAAAUGCUGUAGAAUGUCCUGGGCAGGAUUCUGAUGUUCGGAUAUCUGAUCCAAAACUGGUGCAAGGGGUGGGUUUGCCAAAUAGGGUGCGAUUCCAGCUUCCAGGGGAGCUACAAAUUGUGGAAGAAGCCGACACUUUGCUAGAAGGACUUGGCCCUCGUUUUACCGAUUGGUGGGGGAAUGAUCCUUUGCCUAUUGAUGCUGAUUUGUUGCCAGCUGUAGUUCCUGGAUACCGGAGACCCUUCCGCCUGCUUCCAUACGGGGUUAAACCUAAACUCACUAAUGAUGAGAUGAAUACAUUACGGAGACUUGGCCGACCUUUGCCAUGCCAUUUUGCUUUAGGCAGAAAUAGGAGACUGCAAGGCUUGGCAGCUUCAAUGGUGAAGCUCUGGGAAAAAAGUGAAAUUGCAAAAAUUGCUGUGAAGAGAGGAGUUCAGAACACAAACAGCGAAAUGAUGGCCGAGGAGCUAAAGCGGCUGACUGGGGGAACUUUACUUGCAAGAGACAGAGAAUUCAUUGUUUUCUACCGAGGGAAGGAUUUCUUGCCGGCUGCAGUGUCUUCAGCUAUAGAAGAGCGGAGGAAAUACGGGAUGGGUAUGUCAGAAACUAGAACGAACAAUUCAAAGGAACAUGAGCAUGGAAACAAAGAUGCUGAUACCGAGGAAGAUGAAGAAAAUGACCCAAAUUUAACAGGCCAUUUCGGUAAAAGGAAGCUGAGGUUCUCAGAGGCUGCCGUCGAGAGAACCAACACCAAAUUGUCCUUGGCCUUAGAGAAAAAGGCAAGGGCAGAGAAGCUUUUAGCAAGGCUGAAGGAGGAAGAGAAACCUCAGAAACCCGAAACAGAUAAAGAGGGCAUUACCGAAGAAGAAAGAUACAUGUUGAGAAAAGUCGGUCUGAGGAUGAAACCAUUCCUUCUCCUGGGUCGGCGAGGAGUUUUUGAUGGAACAGUCGAAAACAUGCACCUGCAUUGGAAAUACAGGGAACUGGUGAAGAUAUGUGUUGGCAGAGGGAGCUAUAAUGAGAUACAUGAAAUAGCUCGGACUUUAGAAGCCGAAAGUGGUGGAAUUCUUGUAGCAAUUGAGCGAGUCAGUAAAGGUUUUGCAAUCAUUGUUUAUCGUGGAAAAAACUAUACGCGCCCAGCUUCUUUGAGGCCUAGAACACUUUUAAGCAAAAGGGAAGCGCUGAAACGUUCGAAAGAAGCACAACGCCGUGAGUCCUUACAAUUACGCGUUCUAAAGCUCAGCAGGGAUAUCGAUGAAAUGAAGCUGAAAAUGGCCAAAGAUGAAGAUGCAAAUGAUACACGGUCGACAGAAGAUCAGGAACAUGUUAUUGAGAAUGAGAUUAAUGAAAUAGAUAACAAUGCAACUCACGAAGAUCCUGAAAUUGAUUACGAGUCGAUCUCUGAGGACAGCGUCGCAGAGGCUAUUGAAUGCCGGAGCACUGAUGUGGCCUCUACUGAGCCUGAGGAUUUUAUGCACACUCCAAAAGAUUCUCUGCAUAUUGAUCGACAUUAUUUGUUUGAAACUACUGAAACAGAGAUUCGACAGCAACCCUUACCAAAAAGACCAGAAGGUUUUCUGAACCUAAACAGGCAAAGUGGAAACACAAAACUCUUACACCCUCGCCGGUCUCAAUACCAAACAAGAUCUUCAACCACUACUUACCACCAGCCUGAAUCGAGAGGUGGAGAUUCCCAUGUCCAUGGUCGUGAGAACUCUGAACUAGAACCACCUUGUGCAGAGAAAGCUACAGAUGUGAAGCCACCAUUGAUGCCGUUAAGAGCGACACAGCUUUCUAACAGAGAGAGAUUGAUUCUAAGAAAGCGGGCACUGAAGAUGAAAAAAGCACCUUUGCUUGCAGUCGGAAAGAGCAAUGUCGUCACCGGAGUUGCCAAAGCAAUAAAAGCGCACUUUGAAAAGCACCCUCUCGUUGUUGUGAACAUCAAAGGCAGAGCCAAAGGUACAUCAGCACAAGAGGUGAUAUACAAUCUGGAGCAAGCUACCGGUGCCAUUCUUGUAUCCCAAGAACCUAGCAAAGUAGUCCUCUACAGAGGAUGGGAUUCGGGAACAGAACCAGAACAAGAAAAAGCCAUCAAAAAGGUGAAUAACAAUGACUCGGAUGGUGUUUGGGCUAAGCCUCGACCGACUGUAUCUCCUGAACUCAUAUCAGCACUUCGACUUGAGUUUGAUUUGGAAAAUGUCGACAGCGAGCAUGUUGCUUCUGAUGCUACACUUCCUUAAAGUUUACAUUUGGAGACACUCCAUGCACGUCAGCAAAGGGAUCUGAAGACUUAGAAUCUAUCAAACUAAUUUAUGUAUAUUUAUUUUUAACAUAUAUAUUUUUAUUUUCUAAUUUUUCAAAUUUAAAUUUUAUUAACAAACAAUUAAUUUUAA